AUGGCUUUCAACUUCGGUGCGUCCAACCCUGCUGGGGGAAGCGCCUCUGCGGAGCUUGGUUCAGAGCUUCCCGAUGUUUUUACCGAUGAAGUCGGUUUCAAAGGAGUCUCCGGGGACGCAAAUAUCCGCUUCCUUCCAACGGCAUGGCCCGACAACGCGCUUCCUGCUCCUACUUCCUCACUUCUGGCUGUCGCACACACCAAAGGCCUCGUUGUUGGCGCUGGCCCAGAUGCGCUGGUAAUAGGUACAACUGAUGUUGUCAGAAAGUCCAUCGAGGCGCCAGCUGGAGAAGAUAUGGAGAAGACGAAGCCAUUCCAGCCUAUCGCCACAAUUCCCCUUCCUUCUCGUCCUACUCAUGUGGCAUUCACACCGGGCGACGACGGCUUGAUUCUCGCCACGGAGAAUGGCUCCACAAUCUCGGUUUUCGAUACAAACACCCUCACACAAGGAAAUGCGCAGCCAGCGAUUUCAAUUCCUACGAAUGGCGUGUCGCUACGAGCACUGGCACCAAACCCUGAGCCUUCCUCGACACUUGUCGCGCUGGUCACCGUUAAUGGCGAGCUUCUUAUCGCCGAUCUCAAGGCUGGGAGCCUAGUUCCUGGACCCAAUGGCCCGGUUCUCAAGGAUGGUGUCAGCUGUGCUUCAUGGAGCAACAAAGGAAAACAACUUGUUGCUGGAUUGGCCGAUGGCACUGGAUACCAGAUGACCCCAGAUGGAACGAAGAAGGCUGAAAUUCCUCGGCCAUCUGACCUGGAGGGAGAUUGCCACAUUUCAUCAAUCGCAUGGCUUGAGAACGAUGUUUUCUUUGUGACAUACACACCAAAUGUUUCAGAGGAUGAUAUGGGAAUGAACCCAGCUUCUUCAUACUACAUCAUAACCCGCCGCAAGCAGGCGCCGUUCCUCAUCCAGAAAUUGCCAGAAGUCUGCUCGACUAUGGGCUUUAUGCUGAAACGUGGUCCUGCAUUCCAAUUUAUCACCAGAAUUAGAGAGUACAAGCCUCACUUGAGAGAUGUCUUGAUUGUCGCGUCAACUGCGUCAACUGAUCUCGGGCUCAUUACGCGAUCUGAUCAGCCUCUGGCCAACGAUGAGCGAACCAAACUUCAUGUUGGUCAGUUCAUGACCACAGAAGUAAGCGACGACACCAAACGUGCUAGUGUGCCGUUGAAGGACUCUGGAGAUGAGACAUCCGUCAUCGGCCUGGCACAAAACUUGUCAGCCACGGAAAAUGUCAUUGCACCGCUUCCAGGUUCUGAUAUCUUGGAGAGCUCGACGCCCCUUCCUGGGGUUCUUCUUCUAAAUAAUGAUGGUAUCCUUUCGUCUUGGUGGUUCGUUUACGCUGAUUCCAUUCGCCAAAAUAUCCCAUAUUCGGGGUUGAUCUCGUCUGGUCAGGCAACUCAAGCUCCCUCUCAGCCACAGGCUGUAGCUCCAACCCCGGCACAGCAACCUGCAUUUGGCCAGUCAUCGUUCGGAGGUUCAUCGGCAUUUGGCCAACCAGCUUUCGGGAAGCCAGCUGGAGCUUCCGUCUUUGGUAGCCCAUCUACCUUGGGAGCUUCAACCAUGGGUGCAACUGCUUUUGGAAAACAAAGUGCUCCAGCAUUUGGUAGUCCGUCCCGGCUUGGUGGAAGCCCUAGCCCGGCCUUUGGAAAGCCAUCGUCCCCGGCCCUUGCUCCCGCUUUUGGGACCCCCUCUCAGCCGGGCGCAUCAUUCGGCACUCCUAGUACCCCUGGACAGCCACAGUUCGGGAAAUCUGGAUUUGGGGCUAUAGGAUCUGGACAGUCUACCUCCCCGGCAAACCCAUUCGGUGCCAAAGGUGUAGCAUCUGGCGGUGCUGGCUUCAGCGCCUUCUCCGGUGGAGGCGGCUUCAGUGGCUUUGCAACAGCAAAGCCGGGGGAGUCACCAUUCGCAGCGAAACAGCCAGGUGGAUCACCGUUCGCGGCCACACAGUCAAAAGGGUCGCCCUUCGCAAACGCCUCUUCUGCCUCGCCCUUUGGAGCCAAGUCUCAAACCCAGACCUCAUUCCCGCCUCAAGCAUCCAAUGAAGUCAAGAAUCCGUUUGGCGCCGCACAAGGUGGCUUUGAGCUCAAAUCUGCCUUCAAGGGCGAUGGUUCGGCUGCCAAUGAUGGACCAAAUGCAGACAAAUCUUCUUCUGGUGCGUUCUCAUUUGGUGGCUCCUUUGAUGAGAUGGUGUCAACGCCCCGCAAGGGAAGCUCAUCACCGAGUGAAUCAAUGGAUGACACUGAAGAUAUCGAGCCUGUGAAUAAGGAGACAUUUUCAAUUUUCGGCGGGGCAAGCAAACCUGCUUCACAGACUCCUACAUCAACGUUCAGUUCAAAGACAACGCCUUCGGCCGAGAACACCAAGUCGGCAUUCUCGAUGUUUGGCAGUAGUGCUGACCAAAACCGCGUGACCAGCCCAUUGUCAGCACUGUCUGAUAAGACAGAGACACCCAAGAAGAAUUGGCCUAACACAUCAAGUCUCGAUGUAGAGGCACCAUUGCCACCAGAUCCUACCAGCCGGGCUAGUUAUGCCGCUGGAGAUACUUCUGCUUCUUCCAAUGUGUCGAAGUGCUCCGCCGAGGAUGUCCCGCUUCCUCCCGAUUUCACUAAGGCGAAGAAGGCUUCACCAAAACCUGAAGAGGACGCCCCUCUACCACCCGAUUUCCUCAAUCAGAAGAAACCUGCCCCCAAGAUCGACGACGCCCCCCUUCCUCCAGACUUCCUAACAAAGUCCAAAAAGGUUGAGGCUGCGGCUGUUCCCGACGACGCUCCCCUUCCUCCAGACUUCCUGACAAAGUCCAAAAAGGUUGAGGCUGCGGCUGUUCCCGAGGAGGCACCUCUGCCUCCUGACUUCACCGCAAAGCCAAAGACCAAACCUUCCGAAGAGGCAGUUCCAAUCCCUGAUGAAUCUGAUGAAUCGGGUAUCUCCGAUGCAGAUUCUGAGGCCGCAGCCGGGUCAGACUUCAGUGAUAGUGGCGAAGAAAUUACACAUGACGAAGCAUUAAUCGCCAAAUCCAAGCAGUCAGCUCAGAGCUCGUUUGAUGCAGCUUCCGAGCAAAGCUCCACCGGAGGAUUCUUCGAUAGUCCUGCUCGCAAUGUGAAUGACAAAGGCCGCCUUCCCCAGCAGCUAUUUGGGGAGAUCCCUAAGCAGGCACUGCUCCCUCCCCCGGUCUCUAUCGCGAAAGGUAAUCGUGAGCCCUAUCGGUCACCGAGUCCAGUUCGGGUCGGAGGGAAGAAGAACGUGCUAUUCUCCGAGAAAUCACACAGCCGUAAGGGGUCCACAGGCGCAUUGCAUUCGCGUAAGGCAUCUCUUACCCAUAUCGCCCAGCGUAGCGGCCACUUGAGAAAAGCCAGCGAUGUUGCUCGUGAGGAGCGUGAGGAGCAAGAGAAGCAAGCACGUGCACAUGCAGCAGCUCAAAUUCAGGAAGAUGAUGUUUUAUCUUUGUCAGACGAUGACGAGGACGAUAGACUUCGUGAUGAACUGGCUCAGCCCGUUGAGCCUGUUGAUACCCUGGACCCAUUCUUGCCCCACCAAAACUACAUGGGCGACACUCCAAAGCCAGGUAUUGCCGGACAGGUAGAACGGCUCUAUCGUGACAUCAACUCUAUGGUAGAUACCUUGGGUAUAAAUGCUAGGUCAAUGGCAGGAUUCCUUCUGUACCAACAGCCCAAGAAACUCUCUGAUAUUGAUGAGUGGGUGAUCGUCAUGAACGGCGACCAGCCCGCUGACAUUCUCGACACCAAGAUGACCUUCAAGGACAUUGAGAGAUUUGAAGAGUUGAUUGCUUCAAUUUCGCGAUCAUUGGACAACCAGCGGGUGCAGGGGGUGGAUGAAAAGCUCGAUGCAUGCCGUGACCUGCUCACAAAGCAGAUUGUCACCUUGCGAGGCCAGUUCGCAAGCAUUCGCAAGACUCUUGACGCACACACUGACAUCGGCGCUAUUCUCGAAGCACCACUUUCCGCUGAGCAAGGUGCGCUCCAACAUGAUCUGCGCACCACAUUCACGAAUAUCCAGGUCGAGAUUACCGCUCUCGAACAGGCAGUCUCUCUCCUGCGUGCCAAAAUCGCCGAUAUUCCGCAAACGAAUGGCGGAGGCAGAAACCGACCAACCGUCGAGGCUGUCACCAAGACUAUUGCUACAAUGAUGAGCAUGGCCGAGGGAAAGAGCACAGACAUCGAUGUUCUCGAGGCACAGAUGCGCAAGCUCGGCGUGGACAUUGUCUCCACAGGGCCUCCAAGCCGUGAAGGCUCCCCAUUCUCUACUCCCCGCAAGAACGCCGCUGGCCGUAUACCCAUGACUCCUGGGUCGCGAGGCUCGAUUGACGGUAGCGCCUAUCACACCCCCGAUUCCGUUUCACGCGGUCUCAACUUCCGGGCCAGCAUCAAUGGCUCUGUGAGACAGAGCCGUCUCCGCAGCGUGGAGGGUGCUGGUGAGCCUGCCCUCCCGCAAGAAGAUGCCAUCCAAUAUAAGGCCAACAGGUCGCGUCGCCAGCGCUUGAAUGCCAACUUGAAGAAGGCCUUCGAGGACAAGCAGGCAAAGGUGCGCAGCGUCGACUGGUAG